CUUUCACACAGUUAAAUUCCAGACACACAUGUUCUCUCUAUUAUCAAAACAGCCCAUGAACAUCUAGCAGCUUGCAGCCCCUGACAUGUUUAGGGCCUGAGAUUUGGAGUUGGAUAUGGGCCUCCUGUUUGUGGCAUCCUCUCUUCCAGAGUCUUCCAGUGCAGUCCCGAUGACAUCUCUGAGAGCCUCUUGAAGCCACUGAAGCAAUAGGCUUCAAGGUUUCCUCUAGGCUUCUCCAGUUGGCAGGUCUUCCCCAUUCCACCCCCCUCCUCCAGGGCUGCCAGACAUAUCCCUGCCUGGGCCUCCUGGCACAAAAGAUAAAAUGAACAGGGUUACUCCCAGCAACUGGUCCAGGAGAUACCAGCAGGGAGGGAGUAGGAGAGAAUAAACCUGUCAGUGUGUCACAGGAGUAGUGGAAGGAAGUUUCGUUAUUUCCAGCCUCUUAAGCCAGCAAAAGUGCAUUCAUCAUUUUCUGACUGGAAGAGAGAAGGCACAGAAGGAGCCCAGAAGCAACAGUUCAAGACAGGUGCUUCCUACGGCCAAGUGGAUAAGAGGAGCAGCCUGCAGCCAUGGGACAGGCAGCCCUGGGUAUCAAGAGCUGCGACUUUCAGGUAGCAAGAAACAAUGAGGAGCACCACACCAAGGCCCUCAGCUCCCGGCGCCUCUUUGUGAGGAGGGGGCAGCCUUUCACCAUCAUCCUGCACUUCCGUGCUCCAGUCCACGCAUUUCUGCCUGCUCUGAAGAAGGUGGCCCUCACUGCACAAACUGGAGAGCAGCCUUCCAAGGUCAACAAGACCCAAGCCACAUUCCAGAUUUCUAGUCUGGGGGACCAAAAGUUGUGGAGUGCAGUGGUGGAGGAGAGAGAUGCCCAGUCCUGGACCAUCUCUGUGACCACACCUGCGGACGCUGUCAUUGGCCACUACUCGCUUCUGCUGCAGUUCUCAGGCAGGAAGCCAUGCCUCCUGGGCCAGUUCACGUUGCUCUUUAACCCCUGGAAUAGAGAUGAUGCUGUGUUCCUGAACAAUGAGGCUCAGCGCAGGGAGUACUUGUUGAACCAGAAUGGUCUCAUCUACCUGGGCACAGCUGACUGCAUCCAGGCAGAGUCCUGGGACUUUGGCCAGUUUGAGGGGGAUGUCAUUGACCUCAGUCUGCGCUUGCUGAAUGAGGACAAGCAUAUAGAGAAGUGGAGCCAGCCGGUGCACGUGGCCCGUGUGUUGGGUGCCUUGCUGCAUGCUCUCAAGGAGAAGAGGGUCCUGCCCACCCCGCAGACCCAAGCCACCGAGGAAGGAGCCUUGCUGAAUAAGCGACGGGGCAGUGUGCCCAUCCUGCGGCAGUGGCUCACCGGCCGAGGCCGACCUGUGUAUGAUGGCCAGGCCUGGGUGUUGGCCGCUGUUGCUUGCACAGUGCUGCGAUGCCUGGGAAUCCCUGCCCGCGUGGUGACCACCUUUGCCUCAGCACAGGGCACCGGUGGGCGUUUGCUCCUAGAUGAAUACUAUAAUGAGGAGGGACUUCAGAACGGAGAAGGCCAGAGAGGCAGAAUCUGGAUCUUCCAGACUUCCACAGAGUGCUGGAUGACACGGCCUGCCUUGCCCCAGGGUUAUGAUGGAUGGCAGAUUCUGCACCCAUGUGCUCCUAAUGGAGGUAGAGUCCUGGGGUCCUGUGAUCUGGUGCCAGUCAGAGCAGUCAAGGAAGGGAUGCUGGGGCUGACCCCUGCAGUGUCAGACCUCUUUGCUGCCAUAAAUGCCUCAUGUGUGGUCUGGAAGUGCCGUGAGGAUGGGAAACUGGAGUUGACUGACUCCAACACAAAGUAUGUUGGCAACAACAUCAGCACCAAGGGUGUGGGCAGUGACCGCUGUGAGGACAUCACUCAGAACUACAAGUAUCCUGAAGGUUCUCUUCAGGAAAAAGAGGUGCUGGAGCGAGUCAAGAAAGAGAGAAUGAAAUUUGGGAAAGACAAUGGCAUCUGUCCUCCCAGUUUCCAGACUGCCAAUCCUCUGUACCUGUUCUUGAAAGCACCCAGCUCCCUACCCUUGAGAGGGGAUGGCCAGAUCUCAGUGACGCUGAUUAACCACAGUGAGCAGAAGGCAGUGCAGCUGGCAAUUGGGGUCCAGGCUGUGCACUACAACGGUGUCCUUGCUGCCGAGCUCUGGAGGAAGAAGCUGUCCCUCACACUCAGUGACAACCUGGAAAAGACAAUAACCAUUGGCCUGUUAUUCUCCUAUUUUGAGCAAAAUGUACCUGAGAACACCUUCCUUAGACUCACCGCCAUGGCAACAUACUCUGAGUCCAGCCUUAGCUGCUUUGCUCAGGAAGACAUUGCCAUUUGUAAACCACACCUUGCCAUCAAGAUGCCAGAGAAAGCAGAGCAAUAUCAACCCCUCACAGCCUCAGUCAGCAUCCAGAAUUCCCUAGAUGCCCCCAUGGAGGACUGUGUGAUCUCCAUCCUGGGAAGGGGGCUCAUUCACAGGGAGAGGAGCUACAGAUUCGGUUCAGUGUGGCCCGAAAACACCAUGUGUACCCAGUUCCAGUUCACGCCGACACACUUGGGGCUCCAGAGGCUCACUGUGGAAGUGGACUGCAACAUGUUCCAGAACCUAACCAACUAUCAAAGUGUCACUGUGGUAGCCCCUGAACUGUCAGCUUAAACUUCAGCUCUAGCACCACUCUCCUGCCAGCCCUUGAUUCUACAAUCUAAAUCAAACAUGUGCUAGGAAGAGAAACUUUG